AUGUCCGGGCUCGCGGACGCCGCGCCGCAGCUGCGCUCCCUGUCUCUCAACGUACGCGCGGCCUGCGACGACUUCCACAGCAUGCUUCCGCUGCCGCAGACCGAGCUCCCCGCCGCACUCCCCCCGCUCCCCCUGGUGCACCCCACCGUCACCGUCAGGCGCGUGGAGAAGUGGGGGGAGCAGCCCCAGUACAUGAGCUACUGCGCUCGCCUCGGCGCCCCCCGUCCCAGAACACGGACCCCCUGCGAAUGGCUCGUGGACGCAGAGGCGGCCACGGAGGUCAGCCGCGUUCAUACGCUCCACGCGCUCCCGCGGCUGCUCGUCGACGCGAUCCCUACGUUGCGCGUUCUCGCUGCUGGGCCGUACAUGCCCACCGUGCAAGUCGAGGAUGACGGGGUACCUGAGGAUCGACAGGAGGCCGUGGAGAUGAUCAAGAAGAUGCGGGCGGCAGCGACGCGGGAGAUGCGGUGGGGGUCAUUGACGGGGAGAGGGGGCGCAGGCGGAUGGUCGAAGUGGAAGGAGGACGGGGAGAGGGCGCGCGACGUCGUGGACGAUGAGGGCUUCGAUGGGGAGACAGGCCUCAAUGGUAAGUCCUGUCUCAAGCACAUCGAGGUGAACCAGUCUGACUCCGCUGCUUUGCUCAAGCGUUCUUCUCCGAGCGAUAUCGGUACGACCCGUAACGACCCUCUUCUGAACCGGCCCGUCCCCAGGAUGGAGGUUUAA